GAAAAAGCAGUGUUGUUGAUAGCAGCUAGCAGCCUUAGCAGUCUGUUCUCAGCUGUAACUACAGUUCACGCUUUCUUGUUUCUGUUUAAAACAGUCUCACAGAUCGUAUCACGACUUCUCCUGCACACACGAACAUCAGAGUCACCGCUGUAACCUUUCCACCUCUUCAGCUCUGAAGAUGGCAGAACCUCAUAUUCACUGUAUGUCCUGUAUUAACCAGAGGUGCAUGGUCAGACCCGAAGCAGGAGUCUGUUGUGAUCUAAUUACGUGUUCGGGGAUGUGUGGUGCUGUAUUUCACUCCUGCAAAGCUGAUGAGCACCACCUUCUCUGCCCACUGAUGAGGGUUCCAUGUCUUAAUAGUGGAUAUGGUUGUCCAUUCACCCUGAUGCGUAACCAAAUGUACGCACACCUGGAAGUCUGUCCGGCUGGAGUCGUGUGCUGCACAAUGGAGUGGAACAGAUGGCCUGUUAGCUGCUUAGACUACACUUCUUAUGAAAGCCUGAGUCGUGGGGUGGAAGAGGUGGAACAGUUAGACAUGGUACUUGCCCUCCAGGACCAGCGUACACUCCUCGAAUCUCUAAAGGUGAUCGCCAUGGCACCUUCUGCACAGGAAGCACAACCUGUCCCUGUUGAUAAGGAGAACAAAGCGAAACGAUCAACUUCACAGACAUGUGCUCCUGAGGCCUGCAUUGGUUCACCCUCGCAGUCAUCACAUGAUCCACAACCACCUCCACCAGGCUCAGCAAAAGAGAAAAUUGCCAGUGGAAUAAAUGGCUUGAAUGAGGAUCAUCUUAGUAAACUUUAUGAGGCUACCGUUGAGACAGCGAGAAGCUUAGCCGCUGCUUUAGACUUUGUUAACAGUGCUAGCUGUGAAGAAAGAAGCAAAGAGAGCAUGAAGAAUGGAGCUGCUCAGCUAAAGACUAACAGUGUGGACCUUCAGAAUGGACUGCAAGACAUGACAUUGGAAGCUGCUGAGGAUUUACCCAAAACGGACAUUACAGAGAAGAGUCUGUGUUCAAGCUGUUUGAGUGAAAAUGGGGCUCCUAAAGGACCCAGUGUAAGGAUUAAAGACACAGCCAAUGGGUCAACGUUAGGAGCUGCAGAGGCUUGUGUGGAGAUGGUGUGUCCAGUUGAUGGGCAAGAUAAUAAUGCUGGUGUUUCUCACGAGCCAGUGAGCACUCAAAUGAUGCCCCCUCUUCACCUUAGCCAGGGGGUGGCGCAGAGAGCUGGUCACGUCUUUCUGGAAGAUAGAGGGCUAGUUAUUUCAGAAAAUUAUGUGCCUGAGACGAAGUUCCAUAACAGCCAGGUUUUUAGGGGCCCAGGCCAGUACUCAUUAUAUAGUGGAAGAAUAGGGAUUGUGCCAGACAGGUCACUGUAUCGAUUGCGAGUGAAAAUGGAGGACAAGGCAGUGGAUACUUCUGACCUGGAGCAGGAUGAAGACCCUAUGGGUCUAGGAGAGAUAGAUCUGAUCACUGCAGCCUUGCUCUUCUGUUUGGAGGAAUCCAGAGAGUGUAGAAGGAUCUCUGAUACGGUCUACGUUGAUGGUUACAGAGUUGAUUUUGGAACACAGACUUUCACUUUUCCUGCAGCGAUUUUGGUAACCAACACCAGAGUGGGUGACAUGGCAUCUGCGUCUGCAUGUGACCAUGCUGCCCCGCAGCUCACCUAUCCCAGUCCUUUCCGCACUCUCCGCCUCGGCCUAGUCCUAGAAGCUCUGGAGGUUGAGGCAGUCCCACAUAAUCGUUACCUCCCUCCCAACCCCCGCUACCAACAUAUGUUCCCCUUCGUCUGUGGUCAGUCAUUCCGCAGGGACCAGUUUUCUUCACAUUUCAGAAACGUCCACGGCGACAUUCAUGCUGGUCUUAAUGGUUGGAUGGAGCAUCGCUGUCCUCUUGCGUAUUAUGGCUGCACAUUCUCCCAGCGAAGGUUUUACCCAUCCACCCAGGGGGCCAAGGUGGUUCAUGAUAAGCACCUUAAGUCUUUUGGGGUUAAGCCUUGCUCAAGGGUUACACUUCCAAGUGACUCCCAGUGUGACCAAUUUAGUGCACUGCCCAUUGAGAUACUCUGGCACAUAGCUGGAUUCCUGGACAGUUUCAGCUUGUGCCAGCUGUCCCUGGUAUCACGGACUAUGAGGGAGGUAUGUGCCAGCCUCCUCCAAACCAGGGGCAUAGUGGAACUUCAGUGGGAGCAAAGACAAUGCCCUGGUCGUCAUGGCACUGUGUCAUGGCAGAUCAAGAAUAAAGUAUGGCGGUUCAGCACUGCCUUCACUCCAGUGUCAUCCUGGGGUUUUACUGAUAUCCCCAGCAUGUCGGUCCAUCUUAAGAAGUGCCAGUUCAACGUAGUGGAGCAGAAGACGGAGCCUGUACCCCUUCCUGCCAUGUGCACGGCACGAGAUGGACUCUCAUUUCGACGUGUCCUACGCCAUGUCAACACCUGACCACACAGGGCUGACCUCUCCCAGCUGGACGAGUUUCACUGUGGUAUUACAUGUAGAUGCUGCAAUUAAAUAUUUUGGGUUUUGUAAGAAAUCAACACUUCCUGUUUUACAUUGGACUACUAAGAAGCCUUAAUGAAAUAACACUUUCCUCGCCAGGGGCCUCAUUUAUAAAAGAGUGAUCACACUAGGAUCCACACUAAAAAUGCACGUAAACCCAAAAGCCGAAUUUAGGCUUACGCGCGCACGUAAAGGUUUCACGCGCGCGUAAAACUCAUUAUAUAUUAAAAAAAAAUCUGAGUCCCUUUAGGGGCUCCGUAGAGUGGCCUGGCACUCAUUUGUUCUGUCCUCAGUCACUCUACAGUUGUCACGGUGGGUGACGAGGAGGUU